GUUGUGAGAGAGAAAGUCCAGAGAGAAUUCUCUCAGUAAUCGUCCGCCAUUACUGAAUUUUGUUAAGAUAAGCGGAAGCAAAUUACCAAAAUAACCUUUAUUGUUUGCUUUCGUUUUCAUCUCUCCUCGGAAAACAACACUUACCAGCGAUUUUUCCUUCAAAAUCACCAAACGGCGCAAAACUCGUCUUCAAAUUUCUUGACUCCAACCAUUUUCUUAGAUGCUGUUCAAGUCAAACUUCAUCCCUCAUCUAAAAUCAACGAAUAACUGAAGUAUUGCAUUCGAAGGUUUAAUCGAAGGAUAUAGAAGAUAUGUCGAGGCCUACGCUGCUUGUUUUUCUUUUGCUGGUAUUGAUUAUCACGUCACAGUUCGAAUGGAGGCAGCAGUUAGUGAGUGAUGCUGAAACAACUCAUACUCAGUCUCAGAAGCAGCUGCAAAUAUCACUAAGAGAAGAAAGCGUCAAAGAGAAGAUUAUCUUAUCGCAAGAAAAGAAGCUCCAGACAUUGAACGAGCUUGUUCAGAGCCUUAAAGAACAACUGCAACAAUGCCGGAGUAAUAACGAGACAUUAAACAGCACUCUCAGCUCUAUGACUGGAAAGAUUAUCGAGCUUGAACAACUGCAGAUUCUCGAAGACUGAAAUUGUCGUCCCGUUGCUUAUACUAUUUGUGCUAUAUUUUUCCUAUUUUUGUUAUUUGGAAUAAUUUUCUGUAAAGUUUAGUUAUUGUGCUACCAAAGAAUUAGUGGUGCUAUGUUGUCGAAUUGCUGCUGCUGAUACAUAUUAUAUAUGACUUUAGUAAAAUUUCACUGAAUCUGAA